GAAAGUUCGACCAAAAAAUUGUUGUCCCUAUAGGAUUUUUUCUUGCACUCCUUUCUUCCAAUCCCUUCAUACGAAGGCCAUAGCUUUCCCUUUUAUAAUACCUGAGACUGUACAGCGUUUUUUUUUACCAUGGUUUUCUUUUCAGAUAUCGUUUCACGUCUAAAGCUCCAUCGCAAAACGAAAUCUGAGCAUGGUCACGAACGCACCAUGGCUCCUUCACAAACGGAAUCGGCUCAUCAGAAUGGAGUGUACAAAAAUACCACAGAAAAAGCCUCUCCAUCUCCCUCCACCGAUUCACGAUCGUCGACUACUCCUUCUUCACCGCCACCCGUACCUCAGACCGCGCCUGUGGUCGAUGUUGACAAGUUGGAAUUUUCAGCAUCUCGGCACUUGGCUCGAGAAUUGGAUCAAGAUAGUCAGUGGACCUCGCCUGAACUGGACAAACUGACAUUCCCAGCUUUUGAAUUUCUGCUACAACCUGCGCCUGCUCCAACGACAGAUCAUACCAAUACCAUGCCUCGAAAAUCAUCCUACUUACGCAAACGACUCUCUGUGUACAAGACCAAAUCCGCCCUUCUCAAACGUUCCCGUUCCACACCGAAUUUCGCGGCUUCUUAAAAUGGGCUUUACUCGACUCGAACAUCAUCUGACGAUGAUUUAUAGCAUAUUCCUAUAUUCCCCUUAUUGCAUGCAUAUAUCUUUUAUUUUAUUUUUUUACCGUUAUCUAUUUUAUAUACAUAUCUCUACAUAGCGCUAAACACGAUGUCAAUCCCAACAUAAAUAGAGCAGUCGACCAUCUCAGCCAAACAAUUGUUCUUUAUAAAACAAAAGGGCCAAACCGUUGAUCCUCCUGCUCCUCUGUGUCCAGUUAUACCAGCCCUCUAAAUUCAUAAGCUCAAUAAACAUCGUAUACUUGGCUGUCUUGUUCUCAAUGCAUGCGUGCA